GAAGCCGAAUCGAAGUUGGAACAGGAAACAAAUGAGGCAAACACAAGACUGAAAAAAAGAAACGAGGAAAUUGAAGAGAGGGUGAAAGAAAUCGACGAGCUGAGAAGAAAUAUAAAGACUCUAGAUCAACAAAAGUUCCAAGAAUUGGACAAGGUGUGGAAGGAAAUGAUGUCCAUGCAAAAGACCAUCGAAGACAGGAACAAGACAAUCGACGAACUGGAACAAAACAUUAGGAAAGCAUCAGUUGAAAAUGAGAAAUCCCGAGAACAGAUCAGGACACUCGCGGACAAAGUGAAAACGCUGAAUGAAGAAAAGAAUUGCAUGGAAGGAAACCUGCGUUUAGUCUCAUCAGAUGCAGGAAAGGACAAAGAUGUGAUUGCCAACCUGAAAAAAGUUUUAGAAGAGCAAGAUAUAAUAUUAGCUGAACAAGGACAGGCACUUGACGAACGUCAAGGUGAAUUGGAGACUCUUUCCACAGAACUGCAAACUUGGCAAGAAAAGAACGCCUUUGCAACCAAGGAGCUGGACAUAAAGAAAAAGGAAAUUACCAACUUGAAGAACCAAGCGAUGGCUGCUAGUGAUGCCAUGAAAAAUAUGUCCAACAAGAACGAAGUUUAUGAGCGAAGCGCCUCCGAGCGGAUGCAGAACAUGGAGAAGGAAAUAGCCAUCUUGCAGAAAGAGCGUGCUACUCUGGAGGAAAAGCUAGUAAAGAAGGAUGAAGAAAUCAGCAAAAUGAACGAUUCAAGAGACAACAUCAUGAAAACCAUGCGUCAAACAUUAGAGGUGGCUAACGCCAAAAAGGCAGAGUAUGAGAUCAAACUGUCCACCAUCCGCGAGCAGUGUAAGCAGGAUUUGAGACGAGAGAUGGAAGAGGAACUGCGCAAAACGAAACGGGAUUACCAGAGACAGCUUGACGACAAGGAUAGGAGUAUAGAGGAGAUCAAACAUGAGAAAGAAAACGUGGAAAGAGAACUCGCUGCUGAAAGAAGCGACUCUUCAAAAACAGAUCCCUCUUCUUCGGACCCUUAUGUAGCAGACAAGGCGAAUCCGACGACGUCUUGUUCAACAUUAGCGAAGAAAUGCUUGAAGAGGAACAGCAGUGACAUCCCAUUGGCUCAGCUCAAAACCAAAUGGACAAAAGCACAAAAAACAGAGGACAGUGACGAAGACUUUACUCCGGGUCCUUCAAGAAAAACGCGAAGUCGCGCGAACACACGACAAUACGUGAGAACCAAACAGACAACGUCCGCUACAAAGUCGACUACUUUACCAGCAGAAAAGUCGUCAAUGGACGGGACAGAGACACCUAAAGGAGAAUCAAAAAAUGGGAAACUCUUCCAAGACUUGCAAGAGAACACUGCAGUUGACGACUGUGAAAAAGGCUCAUCGCAACCGAAUGAAGAAACAGAAAAUAUUCCACCAAAGUUAACUCGAUCCUCCACGAAAAAAGGAAAGAAGCUGUUCAAGAAACCCUCUGGGGUGACAGCUCUCUCGUCUCCGGCAAAACAGGGAUGUCGAGAAGUGAGGGAAGAGCAAGACUCCACCAGAACCAUCAUUGCCAGACAAUUACGUCCACGAGCUGUUAAAUAUUUCUAGUAAAAGAAUCGCAUAAUUGAAUAAAAUCUCGAAUUAUGAUUGGUUAACCCGGCGAAGUAUUUAGUGAGGAAUUGCGAGAUGAAAACGAAGCUAAGUGAUAUUGUUUCGCAUCUCUUGUUUCGCUCUCAGGAUAAA